GAAAACUAGAGGCAGUUGAAUCAUAUGACAGCCAAACAACAACCUGGGCUCACUCUGAUAGACAAAUUUGAGUUUGAUGAACAUGUAGGUUGAAAUUGUGCUUAUAACUUGAUCAAGUGGCAUAGUUUUUGUCCAAAAUUUGGAAGUUUGUUUAGUAAUUUAUUAGAGAAAAUUGAUACAUCAAGAUGUGCUGGAUAUUUCUAUUUCCAGUUGCUGUAAUAUCCAUGAUUGUUCUUCUCAUGUAUGAAAAUGACAGACAUACAUUGAAGAGAAACAUGGCAAGAGGUAGAUGCGGUUUACCAGGAAUGCCUAAUAAGAAGUUUUUCCAGAAAGAUGGAACAAACGAAUGUGAGGAAGACCAAGAAAAGGAGCCUUUCGAGAAAGAAAUGAAGGUUUUAAAAACGGAUAUUAACGACCACAGAAAACAAAUUGAGGAUACAAAGGAGCGUGUUAUCAAUGCUGACAAACAACUCCUAACGAUAGACGUUACAGCUACUGGGAUGAAGAAGAAAUACGAUAUGAUAAUGCAUCUAUUGAAAGAAGAUAUACUGGAUGCAGAAGAAGAGUACCAGCUAUUGAAUAAAAAAAUGGCAUCAGCAAAUGAACUAAGGCAAAAGUUUUACUCGCUGGAGAAUGAGUGCGAGGGUAUGAACAAUCCAAACAAUCCAUCGGCAAAUUGCAAUGAAGAUUCAUUUUCGAGGCGAUCAUCAAGUAUCGGGAAGCCUAAACAGCAACCCAGAAAACGAAUAAGCUCCUGCUGUGCUCAAUCAUCCUACAGCAUUGAUCAAAGAUCACAGAAGUCAGACAACUCUUCAGAUUCUGAAAUGGUUCCUUAUGAGAUGACUCCUUCUCUCAAUUCACAUGGGAAUAGAUCUUCUGGGAUGAAGCCUUCUUAUUCUUCUUUAGGAGGAGAGAAUCCUUUCAAAACGACAGGAAGUUAUUCAUCGUUUAGUAAGCCAGGGAUGGUUUCUUCGUAUAACGCACCUGGAAUGAGUAGGUCUAGUAAUGCACCACCAGAUCCCUGCGACAAGUAUCCACGACCACCAUGUUGUCCACCCCCCAAACCAGCUCCCCCUCCCCCACCACCCCCCAAUCCAUGUCAUCCGCCAAUCAAAAGGCCCCGCAGAAAAGACGGCUGCGACCGCCCCGGAGUUCCCUUCUGCUGCAAAUACCCCGCCGCCCCCGACUACGGAUUUCCGCCGCAAAAAUGCCCCGACUCGCACACAAACAUGUACCAGCCGUCACUGGACUCAAUCUCAAAAGGCUCCCUGAGUUCGUCUCUUGCCGUACGUAAAACGUCGACGUCUGUUCGGAAUUCGAAUUCAUCAGCAGUGGUGAAUAGAGGUGGGAGAAAUUCGUCGUCACUCUCGAAAAAUCAAGUCAUUACAACACCUAACGAUACCUCAUCAAGAAAAUCAAAAUCCGGAUCUCAAACUUCCGGUUUAAACAGAUCCGGUUCCCCCCUGAGAAGCUCUUGUUGUUCCGGUAGAGCUGCAUCCCCUCAAAGAGGUACAACUGGUAGCAGUAUGGAUUAUGGGAGAGUUGGUCAGCCUGGUUCUUCGUGUUGUUCAGGGAGUGUUGGUAAGCCUGAUCCGUGUGCACCUCCGCCCCCUCCCACCUACUGCCCGGGAAGAUUUGCCUGUGCCUGUUGUAAAUGUGAGCCGCCUCCUGUACCUGUUCCUAGGUGUCCUCCUUCCAAGCUCGUCAAAAUGCCACCUUAUUCCACGUUUUUCGAUGAGCGAAUGCCGGUGAAACCUUGCGUACCGGAGAAGGAUUCAGAAACAAUUGGAGACAAUGGAAGUGACAACAUUUCCUACGACACACAAGAAAUUAAUGAAGACGAUAAAUGCACGUUCCCGCCCAAGUGUUGCAGAACUGUCUAUGAGGAUUUCGUUAAGAAGAGGAACGUUACUGAGCCACCAAAAGUGAAGCUGCCAAUGAUCAUAGAUCCUUGCGACCCCUGUGCUGAAAUUCCACGAGAAAUAAGUCCUUUCGAAGAUGUGGUGAAUAUUUCUCACACUUGUGGCACUCAAACCAACGAAGACCAAAAAGACGAGAAAUGCUGUUCAAAUUAUCCAUUGCGGAAAUCGAGGAUAAUUCCUUGAAAAAUGAUUGGCAUGGAAAAAUUGACUUUGAAGCACUUGGAAAUUAAUUGUUUACAGGACGGAAAAUAAUCUAAAAUUAAGAUUAUAUUACUAUUGAAAAUUAUUCAUUUUUGCCAGAGCUGGACAGUGGACAGCUCUUAACUGGCUAUUAGAAGCUACAUCAGAAAAUUACAGUUUUCUAAAUGAAUUGAGACUUCGGGCUGUAAAUUCAUGUGUAAAAUACUUGGAAACCGCAUGAUAUAGACACCAUAUUGACCUAAACGAUAGAAUCUAACAAUAAUUGGAUUUUUUCGAUCUUUAAUAAAUUUAUCGAAUGCUUAAUUUUGUA